UUCUGUCAGACUCAGAGGCGAAGCGGUCGCUGAGGCGGCAGGAGCAGCGGCGGCGUCAUGGCGGUGUGCGCCCGUCUGUGCGGAGUGGGCCCGGCCCGAGGCUGCCGUCGGCGGGGCUCCCAGCGGAAAGGGGCGGCCGGAGACAGCAGCGAGGCGGACACGGACCCCGAGGAAGGCAGCGGCGGAGGAGGAGGAGCGCUGGCGGACGAGGAAGAGGACGCUUCAGAGGAACGCAUCGAGGGACCGACGCCGAGCCAGGCCUCUCCGCUGUCCCUCCUGGAGCUUCCCCCGGAGCUCCUGGUCCAGAUCUUCGGCUCUUUGCCCGGCACAGACCUCCCAAACCUGGCCCUGGUCUGCAGCGCCUUCAGACGCCUCCUCAAAACGGACACCAUUUGGAGGCGGAGGUGCCACGAAGAAUAUGGUGUCUGUGAGAACCUGCGGAAGCUGGAGAUCACAGGAGUGUCAUGUCGAGAUGUGUAUGCUAAACGUAUAAACCCACGAGUGAAGUCGGGACGUUUUAUGAAAAUCCUUCCCGACUACGAGCACAUGGAAUACAGAGAUGUUUACACCUGCCUACUCCACCGGUACCGGCACAUCCUGGGGCUUUGGCAACCUGACAUUGGACCAUACGGGGGGCUUUUGAAUGUGGUGGUGGAUGGAUUGUUCAUCAUUGGCUGGAUGUAUUUGCCUCCACAUGACCCUCACGUGGACGACCCCAUGAGAUUCAAGCCCCUCUUCAGGAUUCACUUAAUGGAGAGAAGGAGUGCCACAGUUGAGUGCAUGUAUGGCCACAAGGGACCCCACAGUGGCCAUAUUCAGAUUGUGAAAAAGGAUGAAUUUUCUACUAAGUGUAACCAGACAGAUCACCACCGUAUGUCAGGAGGAAGGCAAGAGGAAUUCCGGACAUGGCUGCGAGAGGAAUGGGGGCGGACUCUGGAAGACAUCUUCCAUGAACACAUGCAAGAACUCAUCUUGAUGAAGUUCAUCUACACUAGUCAAUAUGACAAUUGCUUGACGUACAGGCGCAUCUACCUCCCUCCACGUAGUCCUGAUGAUCUCAUCGAGCCAGGCCUUUUCAAGGGGACAUAUGGGAGCCAUGGUCUCGAAAUUGUCAUGCUCAGCUUUCAUGGGAAAAAAGCCAAAGGAACUAAAAUCACUGGGGACCCCAACAUCCCAGCAGGGCAGCAGACAGUGGAGAUCGACCUGGCACAUCCCAUCCAGCUACCUGAUAUUGAAAACCUGAGUAACUUCAGUGAGCUCUCCCGUAUUGUUCUGGAAGUGCAAGAGCAGGUGCGGCGGGAGCAGCAGCAGGAAGAGGAAAGUGGCCAAGAAGAGAAGGGCCAAAAUGAGGAGCUGCCUCCUGGGAACAGUGAAAAUCCUCCUGGGGCCACUGGAGGGGACGAAGCAGAAGCCCCUGCAGAGGAAGAGGGAGCAGCUGCUCAAGCAGCUUCUCCUUGUCCCUUUGUCUUGCCGGGUGGCAUUGCCUCCAGGAAUGAAGAUUACCCUCGGACCUGCAGAGCGUGCUUCUACGGGACGGGUCUCAUAGCUGGCCACGGCUUCACCAGCCCUGAGCGAACACCCGGCGUCUUUGUCUUGUUUGAUGACGACCGUUUUGGUUUCAUCUGGCUGGAGCUGCAGUCCUUCAGCCUCUACAGUCGGAUCAAGGUCUCCUUCCAGAAUGCAGAGGCUCCAUCUCAAGAGGCUUUUGAUGAAAUGCUGAAGAACAUUCAGUUGCUGACAUCAUGAUAAUGGCUGCCCAAGAGCCAGAGGACGAGAGAUCCAUGUUCCCCAUCUAGGCAGAUGAGGCGCCUGCCCUUGGAGCCUCAGAGCGAGAGACAGCAGCAUGCACUUCUCAAUAAGGCCUUCUUACCAAAAUGUACUCACAUGCUACUUAGCACACUAACCAUAUUUCCCCAGUAUGUAUAGUUUGUAAUAUAGCUCUGUAUAUUUGAAAGGCAGCCUACAGAGACAGCAGCUUAGCAUGCUUGUGGUGGAUUUUUUCUUUUGCCCCCCUCCUCCCCUUCAAGAAGUUGAUGUCUGAUUUGGGGCAAAUGAGUUCAGAUCCUGGCAGGCAGUGUAAAUAGCCAAGUGGCAGUUGUGAGCAUGUGUGUAUUAAACUAAUGAUGGCUUUUGGAUGUUCCUCAGGCAGUUUUGUAGCCUUGGGCUUCUCUUCUAAGCAUGCCCCUCCGGCUUCAGAAUCAUGAUUGCUUUUUAAAAUUGUGAUCUGCAAUUAACUCAUUGUCAGAUUCAGGAGUCCCCCUUUGGGUCUAGGAAGUUUUUCUUUAAGUGUAAAUACAAAAUUAAAAACUGUUGUGCAUUUUGCAGUUGCCAGGCCCUGAAUGUCACUUGAAGGAGACAAGAAUAAUAGAAACAGCAAAGUUCGCACAACAUUGGUGUUUCUCACUUUACAGUUCCACCUGUUGUAUGGGGAAUGGAUUGCACAGAUAGGUCUUUAGAGCAGUUACGCAGAAGGUGCCACAUUUUUAUACUCUCUUUGCCUUUGGGAGCUUCAUAUGGUUUGAGUCAGAAAUUGGAAGCCCUGUGUGACCACUACUGUGGGGUUGUUCUGUGUGGAUGAGUUUUUGGGCUGGAGCGGGGGUACACACUCAUUAAUGUAUUUAUUUUGAUUAUUAAAGGAAGUCCAUUCUGCAACCAA